CAAACACUCCAACGUAAAGCAAACCCACCAAGUCCCCACAACCACCACCAGACCCCCAAAAUGGCAAAACGAAAACGCACCUCCACCUCCCCAGAGCUCUCCACCACCACCCCCGCCGCGCAGAAACUGCUCAAGCACCAAACCCGCGCCCUGACUGCGCGCCUCGCCGCUGCGCAGAAACCGCUCGUCGCCGCCCUCCGCCUCGCCGCCACCUUCGAGCGCCAGAAGCACAGCCGCCGCAAGAAGACGGCGGUGCAGAAGCGCGACAACGCGGCGCUGACGCGGCUCGACGACGAGUACCGCGUGCUCAAGGGGCUGGAUUUCGAGGCUGUUGCGAAGGAGUAUGUGGGGCGGACGGUGGGGCGGGUGCGGUGUUUGAGGGAGUGUGCGGCGCUGGCGGGGGUUGUGGAGGGGAUUGGGGGGGAGAAGGAGAAGGAGAAGGAGAAGGGCGGGGUGGAUGCGGCGCGGUUGAAUGUGCUGGCGCGGUUGUAUAAGGUGCAGGCUGUGAAGAAGGAGAUGGAUGCGCUGAUUGAGGAUUUGAAGGAGAUUGUUGGGGCGGGGAAGGCAGAGGUGGUGGUGCCGGACGUGCGGCAGGGGGAGAAGAAGAGACGUGCGGUGGAGGUGGCGGAUGUGGAUGAGGUGGUGGACGUGGAUAUGAUGGAUGUCAGCGACGAAGACGGCGUUGCGGCGCGGCUGUUCAAUGCGCGGAUAGCAGCGCCGUCGUCGGGUGAGGAAAGCAGCGGCGAAUUGUCCGACCAAGAGCGGCCGCCGAGUGUCGAGGACAGUGAGAGCGAUAGCGGGUCAUUCGGUGGUUUCAGCGACGCCGAUUCGGAUUCAGACGCGGCAAUCAGCCGCUCUGUAGCACCGCCCUCCGACUCGGAUGACUCGGACUCCAGCUCGUCGCCAGCUCUCGCGUCAGCGAAAUCCAGACCUACCAAGGAAGCAGCCAAGCCCACCACGUCGACCUUCCUCCCCGGCCUCAGUCAUGCAAACUACGUUUCCGGCGACGAAUCUGCUUCCGAUCUCGACGAGAAACCGCGCAAGAACCGCCGCGGCCAGCGCGCGCGCCAGAAGCUUGCCGAGUUGAAGUUCGGCGCAAAGGCAAAGCACAUUGAAAAGAACGAGCAGAAGAACGGGUGGGACGCUAAGCGGGGUGCUGUCGGCAGUGACGCAAAGCCAGGGAACAGGAAGGACCGCAGGGCUGCGAUGAAGGCGUCAGGGGGACGAGGACCAGUGAUCAGCGGAGAGAACGCCGCGCCGCUGGGCAAUAAAAGGAUUGAAGGUGCUGCAGCGAAGCCGGCGCCCAAGCCAGCGCCCAAGCCUAAGAAAGACGAUACAGGGCCUUUGCAUCCCUCGUGGGCGGCGGCAAAGGCAGCAAAGGAGAGCAAGAAGCUGAAGAUCGAUCUGGGCGGCGCAAAGAGCGCGAAGAAGAUCACCUUCGACUAGACACGAUACCCAGUCACGCAA